ACUUCCGGUCCCAACCGUAUACUGCAUAAAAUAAAUAAAAUUCUCAGACCAAAGGCAGUACUGCUGCAGACCACCGGGGUUCCGCAGACCAAAGAUGCGGCGGCUGUGGAUAUACUCGGGGCUGUAGAAAAAACUAUUACAGACUAUCAAGAAGAAAUCCUCAGAUCGAAAGAGGAGAAUGAUCGUCUACGUCAGCUGUUGCUAGAUUUCGGCUUCAAACCUGACAGGCAAUCACUAAUUACAGACGGCGAACAGUUCAUUGUUCCUGUAACUGCAGAGGACGUUGCCACAGAACAGGUGUGGAGUGAGCAAGAGAACACGGAGUCCUUAUGCAUCCCCCAGUGUGUGGACAGUGAUCAGUGCUCACACCUUUACCAGGCUGUGAAAAACACCAAGAAAGACAGUCAAUCUACCAAUGCAACUGAACAGAUCAAAACCAAACAUGGUGGACAAGACUAUGUGGCGUCAGAAUCCACCCGUGACUCAAAGCCUAGGUCAAAACAAAAACAGGGUAAGAAUGGGCAGAGUCUUCCUGACACUGGGACAGUCAGUGGGCUGAGUGCAACAAGGAGGGCUCCAACAGGUGAUAGACCGCACAAGUGCCUUGUGUGCAGAAAAGGUUUCAAUAAUAAGAACCAUUUAAAAACACAUCAGAGGAUUCACACAGGGGAGAGGCCACAUUGGUGCAAAGAAUGUGGCAAGUGCUUUAACCGCAAGGGUGACCUGGCCACUCACAUGAGGACACAUACAGGAGAGAAACCAUACCAGUGCAGUGUUUGUGGCAAAAGCUUCAGGCGAAACAGACUGAAUGAGCAUAUGAGAGUACACACAGGGGAGAAACCCUAUCAUUGCACAGACUGUGAAAAGGGCUAUAAAACAGUAAGUGAUCUAAAACGCCACCAGCGCAUUCACACGGGAGAGAAGCCAUUUCGAUGCAAUAAUUGUGGUAAAUGCUUUAGUCAGAUGACAACUUUGAAAAAACAUAUGAGAACUGUUCAUAAGACCUUAAAAUUGCAGAGCAGUGAGCAAAGCCCAGAUCUCUGAUAUCACAGAACAAAAUGUUAUGUCAACCUGGUACCAUCUGUAUGUGCAUUGGCCAAUCAAUUCCUCUAGCUAUUGGUCUCUAUCAUUCAUGUAUACAGGAUGUCAAGCAGCUUUAUUUGUCUCACAGCAAGUAUGAAUUCCUUCCUAUUCAGCACAAGCCUAGCAUCAAACACACUUCAGAAAUGUGUUGUUCAUUUAACCGCUUGCGCCAAUCAAAAGUCAUCUUUUGAGUGGCAAAAAUAUGGACAUCUUAGACCAUUUUGUGUGUUUAUUGCAUCUGUAUUUUUUUUACCCCAACUGUUCAUCCAAGUGACUAGGCAUCCCGCUGUAAUGGAAAUAAUGACACUUGCUCGCCAUCAUCUUUGUGAGCUCUGUUGCACAAAGUCCCGUCUGUCUUGACUCAUCAUGCCAUCCUGAAACUGGCUAUUCAGCAUCACAUCUCCAUGUGCUACAUGUGCACAUUUUGGUCAGUCUGUGUGUUGAAAAUCUAUUUUACACAUCUGUUAUUUUGGGACAUUGCUACACCUUCAAUAUCUUCAAGACAAGAUUCAUGUCAUAAUGUAUUUUCAUGACUUGUGUAGAAACUAAAGGUGAUAUGCUAGGAGGCUUUUGAAAUUUAAAAAAGAGCACUGACAAAAAUGUCCAUUUUGGACUAUCCCCAAAUCCAAAGUAACGUCACCACACUCUUAGUGUGGGUUCUGCUGACCCAGAUUUAUACCUAAUUAUGGAACAAAACUAUCUUUCAACUUUGUACAUCAAUUAUUUAUUGUUAGUGCUUUAGUUUCAUAAUCAGAUGAACUAAAAUGAAUUGCAGUCCAACACCAAGUUUACCAUAUCUUAUGAGGUUUACUUUAUCAAGGUUAAAUUGUUACAUAACUAAUUUUGUUAUUAUUAGUGUUGUUGUUUAUUCUGAUACAGACUUCACAUUUUGCUGCUAUAAUAUGUAAUCUCAAAAGGAAAUCAUUUGGGGAUAUCUUUAAUUGGAAAUCUGCACAUCCUACUCUGCAUUUUUAAAAGUCAAAGAAAGUUUAGGAUAUACAUUGGAUGAUCUUUACUGAUAGCCUGGUUGGAGUAAUGUUAAUUAAUCAAGAGAUCAAAUAAAAUAUUUUAAAGUUCAGCCCAGUUUACAUUAUAAUGUAAAGAUGUUUUAGUGAUGACACACUUCAUACUGAAUAUUGAUGCAUGAAUAUUUGGAUAGACUGGUAUACACCCACACCAUCCUGUUGUUGGGGUAUGGCAAAAAAAUUCCAAUACAGAAAGUAUG